AUGUUUAAUCAAAAGACAAGAGUUAUUGUCAAACUACAUAUGCUGUUAUGCAUGUGUUUGCUUAUUUUGAGUUGUCAAGGAGCUAGUGCCGCAAGCCAACCUAACACGGCAGCAAUAAGUCCCCCAACAUUAAAGGAAUUGGCCGGGACAGGCCUCAUUUGGGCUAGAGAGAGACUAGAAAAGCAUAAUAAGGCCUAUGAUGGCGGCCAAAUGACUCUAAAUGGUUUCAGCACCUUCAACAGAUCCGGGUUUUAUGCAGAACUGGGAUUCGAUCAAGAUGAUUUAGACCGAGUUAAGCAUAUAGCAUCUCUGCUAAUGGAUCUAUUUACGCCUGCUAAUCCGAAUCAAAUCAGCAACUCCUAUAGUAUAGAUGAUGUCCCUGAGCUUAUAGUUUUAUACCACACUUUAAAUCGCAAGCUAAAAGGGACAAAACAAAAGACCCCUACAACCAUCGAUCCCAACCACGGCCGCUUCGUUGAAAACUUGGCUAUGUUCGUUUAUUCAAAUGUUCAUUUAAAGGAUAAUACGCCAGAUAGUUUUGAUCUAUUUGAAAAAAGAUGCUUAAGAUCUUCAGAAUAUGCCAAGAUUACCCAAACCCCAUUAAACAAUGAUAAGCAACCCUUAUUCUCAAGGGACCCUUACAGAUUUAUUCGCUCGGAGGAGCAGAUUUCCUCCUUGGAAAGUAGCCCUCUCCUCAAAUACGCCCACCCAUUCAACACUGCGAUUUAUCGUUGGGGUUUAAAAUAUACCUAUGAUGAGAAAGAAAAGACGUUCGUUAUAGUCGAUAUAGACCCCAGUAACCCAUUGGAUUACCCAAUCCCUUUCCCUACAGGCAUAUUCGAUCAGACUUGGCUGUCUUUUGCUAAUGCUGCUCGUUUAAGAAAUGCUAAAGAUAAUGAAUACACCUUGGUGGCCAAUGACAAUAACUUUACUUGUGUUCGAGCUAUACUAAACGCCAAUAAGCCCUCUUCCGGUACUAACUCCUCUUUCAAACGAAACAAUAACGAUGCUGUUAAAGACUACAAGAAGUUCAAGUCGAGUGGUCGGGCAGCUAGGCCAAACUCCCCAGCUUCAAACUCACUCAAACUAGUCACUGGUGUUUUAGUCGGUACUGCUGUACUUGCCAGUGAAUUUAUAGCUUUUGUGCUCAGUGCCAAUUUCGCUUCUAUCGGAACGUUUUCAUACAUAACAGAGCCCGCUGUCAUACUAGUCACGGCAACGGUCUUUUCUCUUAUGCUUCUAUUCCUCGGAAACCUCCCAAGCACUAGCUCUACCAAGAUCCGUCCAUUUGCAUACGGUCUCUUUAGCGCAUUUAUGGUUUCACUAACUAUUGUCCUAUCGCUUAUCGUUUUUUACCAAACAAUCAGCUAUUAUAAGCAGUCUGGAGAUAAUGUUAUGAUUGUAGCCAAUGUCAUUAUGUUGGUCUAUCAGGCAAUAUCAUUCUUCUCGAUCUGUUUAUGUUUGGCCAUCAGAGGAUUACUUAACAAGUUUGCCAAGAGUAUAACUAGACGAGUCCAUUGGGUGCUCUAUGUCAUGGCAUUCCUAUUGACUCUUUCUGUUCCAAUCCUUUCUAUCAGCGGCUUGCUAUUUGAUGCUCAAGUUCUUCUCAACUCUCAUAUUCUAACGGUUGCUGCUAUUCUCUUUGCCGCAGCUGCAUUCAUCCAUGUCAUUGGCCACUGGUUUAAUGAAGAUAUAUCUGAAGCCGGCAACGUAUCGAAGCGAGAUUCUAAAGACACUAUGAUCAAAAUAGUUAAGUUACUGAUCCUUCUCAGUAUCAUGACCGCAUUGCUUGCAUUCGCAGCCUGGGCCAUCAGCUACUACACCAUCCGGUCUGAAUCGCACGCCUAUACUGGUUCUUUAAUUGAGAAGGUCUCC